UUCUUCCUCCUGCUCUGUCUUGCUGCUUUGUUCCUCCUUUUUGAUUGGGCAGCUUGGAUCCGGCAUCAGCACGUGCGAACAAACAUAUCCACCAUUAACAUGUCGACUUCUGAGCUGCUUCAAAACAGAGUCAAUGAAACCCUUUCAAGCAUCGAUGCAGUUGAAGAGCGACAGGUCAUAAACACGACUAUGGCGCCAACCUCAUCUACGUCACGCAGGAGCCUAAAGACGUCACCCAUCGGUCGGCUUAUGACGAGAUUCUCGCCCUGCCGGACAGAAACGAGUCAAUUCGCCGACUAUUCGAGACUCACGACGUCAGUAACGAGUCGUACUCGCUUUUGUCCGAGUAUCACAAGCGGGUAGCGCAGGCGCAUUGGCAAUGCCCGGAAAUGACGCAAGACAUUCGAGGGCAGAGUAAAAUGGCAGGAGUCUUCACGCAUGCGCCUUCACGUGUUGCCUACUGCUUCGUUCCCAAAGUGGGAUGCACUUUCUGGAUCCGAGUCUUCUCUUUUCUCAACAACUUUACGGGAGAAGCAGGACUGGUUAAAUCGCCAUGGGAACUCAGGAGGUAUGCCGUUCACAACAACCCACACUCCCACGGUCAGAUGUGGGAGGCAGUGGCCCAAGAGGUGCAGGACUACAUGCGCUUCCUUUUCGUUCGGCAUCCGUUCUCCCGCCUGUGGAGUGCCUACCUGGACAAGCUGUACCUGCCCGACUUCUGGCGGGAGGUGGGUGUGCCGGCAGUCGCCAAGCUGCGCGACAGCAACGCAACGGCAAAGGCCAAACGCUGCGGAAGUGACGUCACCUUCCGGGAGUUCUUGGAGUACUCCCUGGAGGCGAAGGAGCCGCACUGGGACCCCAUCUUCAAGCGCUGCGAUCCCUGCAUCUACCGCCCCACCGUCAUCGGCAAGAUUGAGACCUUCGAGAGAGACAGCCUCUUUCUGCUGCGCCGCAUGGGGCUGGAGUGGGUGCUGAAGCACGUGGAUCAGCAGGCGCAGGUGGAGCAGGAGCUGUCCACGCUCAUCGUGUACAACUUUGACCUCCUGCACUCGCGCACCUACUACCAGGGCUGCCUAGACGACGACGGCUUGGCGCGACGCCUGUGGGCCACCUUUCAGAUGAACGGCUACAUUCCCAACGACGCCAACUACUUUCCGCCAUGCGCUAACGGCACCAUCGCUAACGAUGUCUUUUUCGUGGACUCGUUCCUGAAGCAGGUGCUGGACACUGUCAGGAAGGCGUAUAACCGGAAGGACGAACUGAAAGAGCAGAAACGACGUGCUCUUCAUGACGCCUUCGACGCAGUCUCCAACACGUUGCUGGAAAAGCUCCUCGCGAAAUACCAGUUGGACAUGUUACUGUUCGGGUUCAACGAACACGACUUCUAGACUCAAUCACUUUAUUGUCUUGAAUUUUAACGAGGUGACAGACCAGUAGUCCUCAUUCUUGCUCAGUUCUGACUCCGAAUGUUAAUAAAGCAGAAGCUUACGGUCGCAAUGAAAGCGACCUAAGGCAGGUAUUACCAUCAACUAGGCGGUAGAAGACUGAGUUUAAUGCCUACACAACUGCGAUGAAGUAUUUAAGAUGUACAAGGAUGAAGGUCAAUGAAAGGAAUUCGACAAAUCGCCCUUACGAAUGGCAUAACAUAUUGUUCAUUCCUGCUGGCAAUUGUAACGGUAUCGGGAUUCUUUCUUCAACCUGGAGUGCAAGAUGCUUCUAUGUCUACGUCCAUAUAUACGUUGUGCUCGUUUCGAUGGCCUCGAUGGUAAUCGGCAGACUGUGAUAUCACUCUUGGUGUUAAUAUUAUUCCACGUCAUCACCUUGAAUAAUUCACCGUCCACACCACACUGCAUCAUACCAGGACUUGAAUCUCUGGUCAUUGGUAAACAUUUACGAAUUCACAAAGUUUGAAAGAUUGUGUGCAAAUAUUUCUUUUAGAAUGAUGUUGUUUGACACUUAGCUAUUGCUAAGUUUUGUAUUUAACCUACUUACUGCUGUAUUAUUACCUAUACAUUCGUACUUUAUUUUCUAGUUUAAUAACAACUUACAAUAUCUAUAUGAAGUUUGCUGGACCGCAGGAUGCAAUUUCGUUUCGCUCAUGACUCUGUGUUUGGCUGUCGCAGUGAGGUACGUGUAUGCUACAGCAAUUAUUUACAUUAUAUGCGUAUACGAGCUCAGUAUGUAAUGUCCAGCCAUUAUCGCAAUCUUUAGUCCAGAUGAGAGCAAAAUAACGAUUAUUAAUAAUUUUUCAAAGUUGUGGAAGAGGAAGAACCAUUAAGACGUUCCUUUCUCGACAGUCCGGACCGUCGAUCAGUGCAGUUCAAACGCCAUGGACUUUAAUUAUUUAUUUUGCUUAUAUUUCUUGUUAGAGUUAACGACAGCUAUUUUGUUUAUUUGUUUGCUUAUUCCAUUGUCGAAAAUACGUCAGUCUUACAACCAAGCUGAAGACUGAGAAGAGUUUAUGCAUUCCUUAGUGUUUCUAGCAACCGGCUCGUGGGUAGGUCUCUUCUUUCCAAUAUUUAGUGCUAUGUCGAUGAGGGGAAAAGGGAUGGUGAAGAAAAUGUGUUCCCUACAUUGUAAACAACGUGGGACGAAACUUAGCAGCAAAGGAGAUGUUGACAUGGAAAUAAACAAAUAACCUAUCAUGACAAC